CGCCUCCCUAAAACCGGGAGGAGGAGCCGCCCCCGCCCUCCCUGCCCUGAGGGGAUCCCGCGGGCCCACGGCUGCCAUGGCGGAGAGGCCGCAGCCCCCGCGGCCCGGGAUCGGUGUGGGGGUGGUCGUCACCAGCCCCACGCACCCCAACUGCGUCCUCCUGGGCAAGAGGAAAGGCCCGCUGGGGGCCGGCACCUACCAGCUCCCCGGAGGCCACCUGGAGUUCGGGGAGAGCCUGGCGGAGUGCGCCGCGCGGGAAACGCUGGAGGAGGCGGCGCUGCGGCUGCGUCACGUCCGCUUCGCCUCCACCGUCAACUCGGUCUGCGCCGCCGCCCGCUACCACUACGUCACCGUCCUGAUGAAGGGCGAGGCGGAGCCGGGGGCGGAGCCGCGCAACCGCGAGCCCGAGAAGAACGAGGGUUGGGAAUGGGUUAAAUGGGAUGAAUUUCCUCCAGCAGAUCAACUGUUCUGGGCCUUACGCUGUUUGAGAGAGCAAGGUUACAAUCCCUUCACAGAAGAGCUCGAUCAUCUAAAGGGGUACACGGGAAGUCACCAACUAGCGUAAAAACUGACCGUACAUGAUGUAACAAACUAAAGCACCGACCUGCUUUUUGGGGGGAGUAAAAGAGGAAAGGAUAUAUCAUGCUCGCUCUGCCCAUGUGAAAAUACUACCCUUCCCAAAGCCAGAAAGAUGCCAGAUGUUUCUUUACCUUAUUUCACAUGACAGUUUUCUUGUUCCAGAGCUACUUGUAGCUCUAGUGAUUAACAGUUAAUGUAACCUUUUAUAGAAAACUCAAGACUGUUUUACCUGGUUAAUCGUCAUAUAGAUGAAUAGCCCUUUGGAAGUCAGAACUAGUCAGAGAAGCUCACUCACUUGGAAACGGUUGCAGCAUCAGGCCCCAGAGAAACUGAUUUGUUCAAACCACUGUCCUGCUUUCUGUGGAAAACUACUUUGUGUGUCAUGCUGCUUUCCUGUAAUUAUAAAUCUUGGACCAAUUUUUAAAUUUAGCCUUGUCUCAUAGCU